UCCUACUUUAAACGUGGGGAAGUGUGCGCUCCCAGUAUCGCAACACCUCACCCCAGAAGAGCCAGCCAGCCUGUAGCCCAGCCUUUAACCUGCCCAGUCCCGUAGGUGCAGAGCAAGGUCGGCUGAGAGUCAUCAGAGCCCAGGGAUGGGCACCUCCUUCCCGAAGCCAAGACCUCCAUCCGGCCAGCAGGAAGAGCGAGGGGAACAGGACAGAAGGCACUUCCUCUUUGUGGCGCCGGUGGUGCAGUAACCCCAGGACGGGGGCCCUGGCUGCACGUCCCGCGGCUUCUCUUUGGCCGGGCCGGGUCUUCCAGGGGAAGCUGUUGGAGCUGAGCCAUGUCCCCCGAUCCCACCAUCCUCCUGUGCCUCGGGCUCUGCCUGGGCCAGGUGAUCCACGUGCAGGUGCAGGCAGAGGCCUGGCCCACACCCUCCAUCUCCACUGAGCCAGGCCCCCCGUUCCUCCCGGGGCAGCCCGUGACCAUCGUGUGUCGGAGCCCUGUUGGGUUUGACACCUUCCGCCUGGAGAAAGAAGGAAGAGAGUUCAAGAAUGAGAGGAGCGCGCCGCCUAACCAGACCGAGGCGCAGUUUCCCUUCGUCACCGUGGACGGAAACACUGGGCGGUACAACUGCGUGUACUAUAAAUCAGGCACCUGGUCUGAGCGCAGUGGACCACUGGAGCUGGUGGUGACCCCUGAGGACGUCCCCCGGACCUCCGACCCCGACCCCGCCUCAGCUGUGCCCUCAGGAGACGCACAGCCCCCUUUGGACGACAGUCGCCACGGUGGCCGGAGGACCGGGGUCCUUUACAUCCUCGUGGGCGUCUCUGCGGCCUUCCUGCUUUGCCUGCUCCUGCUGGUUCUCCUCUGCCUCCAUCACCAGAGUCGGAAAAAACACGGGGCCCCCAGCAGCAAGGGCGAAGGACAGGAAACGCAGGAGAGGCUCAGCCUUGACACUGACCCAGACAGGACCCCAGACAAGGCCGCGGCCGACAGGCUUGCUGGGCAAGACGGAAAGCGGGACGCAGCCAGCCCUGCCGCCGGCGGCCCCCAGGACGUGACCUACGCUCAGCUGGACCACCGGGCGAUGGCACGGAGGGCGGCCGGCGCCGUGUCACCCCAGCCCGCAGAGCCCACGGCCGAAUCCAGCACAUACGCGGCCCUCGCCAGGCGCUGACCCCGGGCCCUCGCGCGUGCGCACCUGCCAGUGAGGACGCGGGAGGUCACUCGGGAGGGCUCUGCCCGGAGACGACGCCCCGCCCGGGGGGACCAACCGCUGGGGGCUUCUUCCUUGGAGAGACUGCUCAGCUGCUUCCAGAGAGCCAGCUGCCCCGGCCUGGCCGCUGCAGGGGCCCAGCUGCG